CUAGCAAGUACAAACACUAACGUUUUUCUAUUUGCCAUAAAAGAACACUACCAGUGGCAAAAAAUGUGAUGAGUUGAUGAGUAUUUUUUCAUAUCAUUGAAAAAACAAAGCCACAUAAAGUGUUUGGAUUGUUUAGAUACUGAUAAACAUUAUAAAAAACUACAUUUUUUUAUAACGUUAAAGAAAAAAAUGAGCAUUUUGUAUUGACAAUGUUUAACGAAUGAUCCGACUUUUUUUUUUAAGAAAAUUUUUGAAUUCUUGUUGCUGUUUAUUAACCGCGAAUUUUUACUUGCCAGUGUUUGUUUCAAUAUCUUGUAGGAAUCGACAUUUUGGUUUUGUCACCUUUUCACUGCCUAUAGCAAAUCAUAUAUAAAUCUCCUGGCAGUGUCUUUAAUAAAGCCAAAAGCAGCGCUUUUAUGGAAAAUAAGAGUCAAUCCUCUUGCACGAAUCCGUUGGUGUUACUACUAGAAUAUAAUGAUACAGAUGAAGAGAGUGAACCGGAAACUUCUUCUUGUGACACUGCUAAAAAAAAUUUGAAGAAAAAGACAAACGUGAAGACGGAUGACACAAAACAAAAGUGGGAUGUUCCAGUACAUGGAAAAGACACUUCCGUAAUUUUGCCCAUUGACAAAAAGUCAUAUCAGAAAACUUUUCAAAAACUUGUUGAAGACUUGAGAUUUAUACGCAAAACAUGUGCAAAGUAUGAAACUGAGGACAAAAUACUUCAAAAUGCAAAUAUUGAUAAAGAAUCUCUCAAGGAAAGAGUAAAAUGCUUUUUCUAGAUAAGAAAAAAAUGCAAAGUGAAAGAAUGCAGUGAAAUGGUGUUGUUUUUCCUUCUUUUGUUGUGUAUGUUUACUUUUAUCCACAAGUUGUUAAUACUGUCAUUUCCAACAUGUUUUAUUAAUUUUUUUUAUUUUUAAAAUCUUUGUCUUAUUAAACUGUUGAAUCUAAUAAUAAAGUAAUUUUAUAUUGAAAUUAAUAAGAAACAUAAAAAGAUGCAUUGAACGUUUUCGUUUUUUUUCUUAAAACGAAACUGUUGUUACAUAAAAAGCUGAAUGCAAUCACAGGCGGAAGUUCGUGAAAUAAGUUGUUAGCGUAUCCCAAUUCACCUUAAACUUUUUUUCAAAAAAACUGUCAAACUCAAUACAAAAUACAAUGUCAAUCAAAGAUAUCAAGGGCCUUAGUGAAAGUAAGGUAGCGGAUAUAACGCUAGCUGAGUUAGGUCGAGAAGAACUUAAGUUAGCAGAAGUGGAAAUGCCAGGGCUUAUGGCAUGCCGUCAACAAUUUACUACUCAACCUUUAAAAGGAGCCCGUAUUACAGGAUCUUUACAUUGUACGAUUCAAACGGCGGUGCUUAUAGAAACGUUACAACAUAUGGGAGCCACGCUUCGAUGGUGUAGUUGUAAUAUUUUUUCAACACAAAAUCAAGCUGCAGCUGCCUUGGUUAAAAAUAACUCGUGUACAUUGUUUGCUUGGAAAGGAGAAAGUAUUGAGGAGUAUUGGUGGUGUACUUAUCAAGCCUUAACAUGGCCAGAUGAAGAUGGGCCUACGAUGAUUGUUGAUGAUGGUGGCGACGCAACAUUAAUGAUUCAUGAGGGUGUCAAAGCAGAAAAACUGUUCAAAGAAACAGGUCAAUUACCGGAUCCAGAUUCCGCUACAUGCUUAGAAACCCGGUAUCUUUUAGAGGUUUUGCGAUGUUCUCUUUUAAAUAAUCCUGAAAAAUGGACUCAAAUGCAAAAGAAAAUUAAAGGUGUCUCCGAAGAAACAACAACAGGUGUUCUUCGGGUUAAACAAUUAGCCGAAAAAUGUGAGCUGUUAUUUCCAGUUAUCAAUAUUAAUGAUAGUGUAACGAAAUCCAAAUUUGAUAACAUUUAUGGUUGUCGUCAUUCCCUUCCAGAUUCUAUUAUGCGAGCAACAGAUGUUAUGAUAGGUGGAAAAAAAGCUGUCGUUUGUGGUUAUGGUGACGUGGGAAAGGGGUGUGCUGCCGCUAUGCGUGGCUGUGGAGCACGAGUGUUUGUCACUGAAAUAGAUCCCAUUUGUGCUUUACAAGCUUGUAUGGAUGGAUUUCUCGUAACGACAUUAGAAUCCGUUGUACAUGAUGCUGAUAUUUUUGUGACGGCUACAGGAAAUAAAGAUAUUAUUUUACUUAAACAUAUGGUUGCAAUGAAAAAUAAUGCUAUCGUUUGUAAUAUAGGCCAUUUUGAUAAUGAGAUUGACGUUACAGGGUUGUUAUCUAUGAAAGGAAUAUCACGUAUCACUAUUAAGCCUCAAGUAGAUCGCUUAAUUUUUCCAGAUGGCAAAGGCAUUUUACUUUUAGCUGAAGGCCGUUUAGUUAAUUUAGGCUGUGCCACCGGUCAUCCUUCCUUUGUCAUGUCGUGUAGUUUUACUAAUCAGACGUUAGCACAGCUUGAUUUAUGGACUAAUUCAGAGAAAUAUAAAGAAAAAAUCGUUUAUUUAUUACCGAAAUUACUUGACGAGCACGUCGCACGACUCCAUUUAUCACAUUUGGGAGCUGAAUUAACACAAUUAACAUUUGAGCAAGCUAAAUAUUUAGGAGUUUCCGAAAAGGGUCCAUUUAAACCCAUAACAUAUCGUUACUAAAUAUAUUGUAUGUUGUGUUUUAAUUUGAAUAGA